UCAUCUGUCAAACACGUGACGCGUUUUUAAAUGCACACAUCUCCGCCACUCAGCACCCCGUGAAUUGAUUUAGCCCCGCCCAAAAGAAGAUCCAGCCAAUCAAAAUGUAAUAUGUUCCAGGCCGCGCAUCCUGACACACCCCUCGAGUACCCACCUCCGUGCCGAAACGGUGAGUGCAGAAGCAGCAAGGGUCCAGUCCAGCCACUACAUCUGUGGACGUUUCAACGAGUGACUGCUGUAUCACAUGAAAGGCUUAACAUUUACCUAGCCAGAUGUGUAACACAACAUAUCGUUUGUUCAUAUUGUGAGCGUUUUCCAUCGGAAAUAAUUCUGUUGUUUGGAUGCCGGGAAGCUCCUUGGGUAAAUACGACGCACGCCAUUUGUCUUGUCAUGACCGAAUAGCAUUGUGUGAAUGCUAUGCCGGCGUACACUAUUUGCAUUUUGGAGUUCAUGUAAGUCAUCAUCUCCCUCCACGAUGCAAGUUAAUCGUGUAGCUGUCCUUACCGUUUUCACGUAGCACCGUGUGCGUUCAAUUUAAGGCUCCUAUGAUGAUAAAGGCGUUUAUUAAACAUGUCCGUCGGUUCCCCUGGGUCACCAAUGUGACAUUGUACGGUUGCCUGUUUGCUGGAGGGGACUUUGUUCACCAGUGGUUUUCGCAACGGGACAAAUUGGAUUGGAGCCAUACACGCAAUGUCGCCGUAGUCGCGUUCAGUUUCCAUGGCAACUUUAAUUUCUUCUGGAUGCGCUUUCUGGAGCGCAAAUUCCCGGGCUAUUCCGCCGGGAUGGUGAUGAAGAAGCUUUUCUUGGAUCAGACCACGGCUGCGCCCUUGGCCACCAGUGCAUUCUACACAGGUGUCAGUUUCUUAGAGGGCAAGGAGGAUGUCAUGGAAGACUGGAGGGACAAAUUCCUGAACACUUACAAGACUGGGUUAAUGUUCUGGCCCUUCAUGCAGUUUCUGAAUUUCGCCUUGGUGCCUCCGUACGUGCGAACAACCUUCAGUGGCUGCUGUGCCUUCAUUUGGGCCACUUUCUUGUGUUUUUCGCGUCAGAGUGGCGACGGCACCGCCGGUGCUGCCCUCGAGUGGAUGUUCCCCUCCAAAGGGGACAGAACAGAACAGACAGACAAAGUGAAAAGUAAGGCAAUUGCUUCGAAAGAGGCAGCCCUAAAUCCUUCAUCCAAACAGAAGUGAAAAAAAAGAAAAUGAUGGAAAAUACAGUGGGAGUCAUGGUAGAAAGCAGCUCAUGAAUUACUCAGGGGGUCUACGUUGGCCUUAAGUUGCCACGGUCGUUCAGAUUUCGAAGCCACACUCUCGGCCGCAACAUAAACGACACGUGGACAUCUAGAAAUAAUUAAACAUAUGCCAGUAUCAAUACAAAAUUCAUCCAUCGAUUUUCAACACAACUUAUCCUACAAUAAUCUUUAAAAGCGUCAUCAGUCUUGUUACAGCUUCUGUAUUGUAUCUCAUUGUGGCGGUGUACCUAAUGCUGUGGUCAGAAAGUGCUCCGCAAUACGAUAGGAGAUAGUCUUCCAGAAACAGGGUGAACAAGCAUCAUGUUUUAACUGUCAUCAUGUCUGCGAGGCUUCUCACUCUCACUCACAUUUGCUCUCCAAAAAGGCUCGAAUCACAGGUCAUAGGUCAUCUUGGUGGCUAAUAACUGUCCACAAUCUGCUUGCUCUAUUGUGACCAGAGCAUAUCAUCAUAUUCAAGAAUGAAACAACUAAUAGCAAAAAUAUGUAGUCAUGGGACCAUCAAAUAAAUGCCACAAAGUUCUUUAAACGGUACACUGGCUUGUUAAAAAGAAAAAUACCAUCUCCCCUAUCGCCAUGGUGACCCCUGAUCACCUACUUGUUGUGCAGGACUCGUGCAAAGUUGCACCACAUCAAAACAACCAGACAUUAUUUAUUGCAAGCAUUAACGUUUACCACAUACAUUUAGAAACUAUUUUUACUUCUGAUCUUUGAAGUUCAGGUAAUGAAUAUGCAGCUCGUGGUAGAUACACUUCUCAACUGUAGGGGAAGCCCACAAAACAAGCUGUUGAUGUGACCCUCUUUUUUAUUUUUACUUUAUUAAAUUUUUUUUUUGUCCGAGCAGCUUAGGCUCUCAUGACGAUGAUCAUGAUUGUUGAGCCACUAAAAAUGAAAAAUUGGAAAUGUGAAACUAGCUUGAAAUGGUUGGUGCUAAUAUUUCUUUGCAUUCGAUCCGCUACUGUCACAUAAUAGGAGCGUGGCUGAUUAUCCCCAACAAUAUAAACGCAUCGCCGUUACCUGGGGCUGCCACCACAGCAUAUAUUGGAUACAAAAACAUUUACAGACCCUUGUUCAAAUGCCACGUUUUUGUGAUUCUGGAAAAAAAAAUGGAUCUAGAUGUAUCAUUUCAAAACAUUUUUCAACCACUAAUGUGAACAAUUGAGAUAAUGUGGGCAUCCGUGUUAAAUGGGAGUCAGAACAAGGUUAUUAUUGUUUCCCCCCCCCCCCGCCUUUUUUUAAUUUACUUUGGACUUUUGUUUUUUAAAUUCAGUUUCCGUAAUCAGUAAGUACUUUUAAAAAAAUGUGUUUUUUCGCCCUGCGUAGCAUUACGGGCUGAGUUGAGUGACAAAAGAGAAGCAAUCUCAAAACACGACAUUUGUAUUUGCCGAUGAUGUCGCUUUGAGGCGACACUUCAUAAGUGAACGACGAUUCCCAAUAUGACAGUUCAAAGAACUGCACAUAUUUCCAGAGCUGAUGGAAAGCGAUUCAAACAGCUGCCAAGUGCCCGGCACCAAGAGGUUAAAAGAGGAAAGGUUUUGAUCUAAUUUUAUUUUCUAUUUGUAUUUAUUCACAUUUUUAAAAUUGUUUUUGCAUGACAAAGAACUGGCAUUUCAGCAGGGGUGUGUAGACUUUUUGUAUGCAAAGUUUGUGCUUUGGCACAUGUUGCCAUUCAUCUCAACCAGGUCACAAAAACCUAUUAGUAGGCACGAUAAUGUAGGAAGUAUCAUAUACUUUCCACUGUGUACCCCUUUUUGAAACAGAAAACUACGUCUAAUUAAUGCGAAGGGCUACCAGUCCAACACACACUUCUGAAGUAGCAAAUAUCCUCAAUUACCUUCAAGAAUUUUACCAUGAUCUGGUAUGGUAUGAUUAAGGAAUCACAUUCUUUUUUUUUUUGUGAAGACGCUGAUCAUGUUAAUGAAUUCUCAAAAUAAUAAGGAAACGACUGAAUAUCAAUCAGUAGUCUGUGACACCUCAUUUCUAAUAAACCUCUGCCAGUGUUUCCAUUUUCAAAUGAUCACAUUCUUAGAAAAUCACAAUGUCCUACUCAUGUAGAUAUUGGUGAUCCCCUGAUAUCCAGUGCGUGCACAACAUAUGGUAGGUAUAUACAUACACACGUAUUUAUAUGUAAAUACCUACCUGCAUAUAUACUGUAUGUGUGUAAAUGAAUGAACACGCAUACUAUAUAUAAUAAAGACAUACACUUAGGUUUGCAAAAACGAUGCUCCUCUCUGUGCUGCAUGAAUGUAAAAAUAUCAUCUUUGCAUCAUUCCCUCACUUCAUCCAUUUUUUUUCUUUGCAUUCCACAAUGUUUUUUUCAUGUAUGAUGUUAUUUUGUGACCAAUCAUCAUUCGUACAAACAUCACUGACUAAUAUGUAAACAAGAACCUGUUUGUGCGUAAAUAGUAAGUUAAGACCUCUGCCAAAAAGCUUUUUUUGGGGGGGAGGGGCAUGAAUCGCCGCACUCGCGUGUUAGCUAUCAUAUCACAGGAAGAGUUGGUGACAAGAGUCCUUUUACUACAAAGUAUACUAAUGGGAUUAGUUGUAUUUGAUUUGUCUCACUGACAGGAAGGAAAACCUGUCGAUUGAUUGUGUUCAAUAUUGAUGUGAAUUUCAUUGAAAAAAAAAUAAGAAUAAUCCUUAACACUUUUUAUCAGAUGCCUUUAAACUGUGCUGGAAUUUACAUUUUUUGUUGUAUUUAUAAUUAUAUUGCAGAAGGUUAGAUUUGUUGUGUGCUAAUGUCUACUACACAAGUCAAAUGACUGAAUUGUUUGUUUUAUUAUAUUUAUUAUAUCGGCUGGUGAAAUAAAUGCUGCGUUGAUUUUGAUACCACAGAGACAUUUUUGGAUCAGUGAUGUGGUUGGUGAUCAUAUUCGAAACUAGUUAAGUGAUUGUGACUGUGAUGAAAAAAAAUCAUUUAUAUUAAUGAAUAAAUACAGAUGAACGUACUACA